AUGGAAAAUUGUUUCUUUUGAUCCAAUGACCUCGAUGAUAUACCAAAUAUUCAAAAAGGUAUAAAACGAUACGAUUUACAAGUGCAUCGAGAGGAAAAAAAGAGGAGCCGAGACAGCGGCGCGCGUGCGCUCAGUUCUCCGCCAUUUUAAUCACACUUGGAAACGCGUGCUAUGAUCGUCCGUUUCACACCGCGAGUCCACGUACGUUUCGGACGAAGACGUCCGUUCUCGUCGUCUGUUGUGGUCGCUAUGUGAGACAUAAUCGUCACUCGGGGCAGGUCCCCCUCGUGAUCCUACAAGCCGCUGAUCUCCGCGCGCGCACACACAGACAUACGGGUAAUCUCAUUGCGGCACAUGUGCGCCAAUGUCAGGAUCAUCUCCUCGCGUCGAUUCAGCCGAGCAGAGUGUCGCUUUUCAUUGCGCUCGCGUAGCCACGCCGAUCGCGAUUCUGCGACGGGGGGAUCGAUCACGUUUAACCGCCCCGUGCCGCCGGUAUCGUCGCCGUUUUAAACAACUGGUUCUACUGGCUCGCGAUACCUCGCACGACGUCGUGCGUGAGACCGCACCGAGGAGAGGGAUAGGAGGGCUACGACUACAUCCCUGGAUCGAUUCGAAUCAGCUGGGGCCGCGGUGUACAAAUUCAGCGACGGAAAGCGUUCGGCCGGCCCUGGUCGGUCGGGCCGCGAGGCUGCGCGCGACCCUAGUCCUAGCGCGAUCCAAGGCUAGGAGACCUAGCGCAACCUCGUUGGAGCGAGGAGAAAAAGAGAGAGACAGCGGAAGAAAGGGCGCGACGGUCCGGGCGUGGGAAAGAGAGAGCGUUAUUAUAGAACGGGCGAAGGAACAGGUCGGGUCGGGGCGCGCUCUUCGCACGGGUCUGCCUGCUGCUCGGGGGACAGGAGGAGAGCCCACACGGCUGGCGAGAGAGUCAGUCGACUAUUAGUGGUCUGUGACUCUGGAGGUGGUGGGCCGACCACCGGCAGAACCGAGCAGCUCCACGCAGCUCGGUCGCGCUCGGUCGGCAGUCGGGGCCAGUCGGCCGCACCGCCGUUCUCCUCGCACUCGUUUGCUCACUCGUUCGUUCUUUCGCUCGCUCGCUCGUUCGCCCGUCCCUCGCUCUCGCGUUGCGCGCCGCCCGCCGCCUUUCAGUAAGUCGUACGCUGCGCAACGGGAGCGACGGUCGUCGCCACACGCGUUUCCGCUCGUAAAUUCCUUUUUUUUUUCGUUCCUUCAUUAAAGGCGACGUAACAGUGUCCUCGCUACCACCGCGCUAUGUGACGGAUAUCACGGGGCACCGCAGCGUGUACCCCGCCUCGUAUACCACGUUCCCUACCCGAACUCUAUCCCACCGGCGUACCCUCUCGCCCUUUACCGAGACCUACCCCACCUCCCUCCUCGCCCGUUGCCCCCUCUCGUCCCUGCCCUUCCCCCUAGCCGAUCCUCGUCCACCGCCCCAUUGUGGAAAAAGAGAAAGACGGACUGUCUCGUGAACGCUCGUACGACGACGGCGACGACGACGAUCACGACAACCACGACUACAACCACAACCACGACGACGACGACGA